UACUACUGUUUCAAAUUCAAAUACAUACAACAAAAAACAGUACUAUAUAUCUACAUAAACAUAUAUAUAUAUGCUUAGAAAACUUAAUAAUAAUUUAAGCUUAAUAUAGAAAAAAAAUAAUAAUAAUAUAAGAUCAAAAAGAGAGUUAUUAUAUAUUAUGGGACAAGUAAUUGAAGGAGAUUAUACACAAGAUGGGUCUGUGGAUCUCAAAGGAAGACCUGUUUUAAGAUCCAAAACUGGAAAAUGGAGAGCUUGCUUUUUCAUUCUAGGGUAUGAGAUGUUUGAGAGAUUAGCAAUUGUUGGGGUUCAAGCUAAUCUAGUGUUGUACUUAACAAGAGAGCUUCAUGAAGGGACUGUAAGAGCUUCAAAUAGUGUGACCAAUUGGAUUGGUACUAUGUGGCUCACACCCUUAUUAGGAGCUUAUAUUGCAGAUUCAUAUCUUGGUAGAUAUUGGACAAGUGUCAUAGCUUCAUCAAUCAUUCUCUUGGGAAUGAUACUACUAACCUUAGCAGUUUCACUACAAUCUCUAAGACCACCAUCAUGUAGUAACCAAAAACUACUCAAAGAAGAAAAUUGCCCAAAAGCCUCAUUUUUCCAAGUGGGUAUGUUCUAUUUAUCACUAUACAUAAUAGCAAUAGGGAAUGGAGGUACAAGAUCCAACAUUUCCACCAUGGGGGCCGAUCAAUUCGAUGUUUUCGAGUCGAAAGAGAAGACACAAAAGCUCUCAUUCUUCAAUUGGUGGAUGUCAAGUAUCUUAGUUGGUGUCUUAUUUUCAAGUACAUUUUUGGUUUACAUACAAGACAAUGUUGGUUGGUCACUUGGCUAUGGAAUUCCAACUGUGGGACUUGGUUUCUCAGUUCUUAUUUUGUUAUUUGGUACAAAAUUUUAUAGGCUAAAAUUGCCUAUGGGAAGUCCUUUAACAAAGAUGGGUAUGGUACUUGUGGCAUCUAUUAGGAAAUGGAGGGUGGAUUUACCAAAUGACCCAAAAGACCUUUAUGAAUUGAGCUUGGAAGAUUAUGGUAACAAUAAUGUCAAAAUCAUUAGACUUGAUCAUACUCCUUCAUUAAGAUUUCUUGACAAAGCAGCAGUGAAGACUGGAUCAACCUCACCAUGGAUGCUAAGUACAGUGACCCAAGUAGAAGAAACUAAACAAAUGAUCAAAAUGAUACCAAUUUUGAUAGUUUCAUUCAUACCAAACACCAUAGUAGCUCAAUUAUUAACCCUAUUCAUCAAACAAGGCACAACCCUAGAUCGAAAUUUAGGCCCUCACUUCCAAAUCCCUCCAGCUUGCCUCAUAGUACUAGUAACAAUCUCUUUCCUCGUAAGCCUUGUGGCCUACGAUCGCCUCUUCGUCCCAAUUGUCCGACGUUACACCAAAAACCCUAGAGGCAUCACCAUGCUCCAAAGAAUGGGCAUUGGAUUCGCUAUACAUGUCAUAGUCAUGGUUGUUGCUACCCUAACCGAGAGAAAGAGAUUGGGAGUUGCUAGAUCAAAAGGUGCCCUAGGAAAAACCGACAUAGUUCCUCUCUCUAUUUUUGUUCUACUCCCUCAGUUUGCACUGAUGGGAGUAGGCGACACUUUUAUGGAACCGUCGCAAAUGGAGUUUUACUAUGAUCAAGCACCCGAAAGCAUGAAAAGUUUGGGGUCUUCUUUGUUUUGUUUGAGCAAAGGAGUAGGGUUUUUUCUUAGUAGUUUUUUGUUAUCAAUAGUGAGUGAGAUAACUAAGAAAAAUGAGAGUAGUGGAGGUUGGGUUUUGGAUAACCUAAAUGUGUCUCGUAUGGAUUAUUACUAUGCUUUUUUGGCAGUGUUGGCUUUUCUUAACUUUAUUUUGUUUGUGUUUUUUGCUAAGUUGUUUGUUUACAAUUCUGAUCAUCAUCAUCAUCACCAGGUCAAUACUUGAAAACCUAUGUGAUCACUUAAUUAUUUUUAAUUAUUAAAGCUUAAUUGUCAAGUUCUAUUAA